GUUGUUUCCUCUAGCAGUUGCAGUUCUGGCACUAAUGCCGAGCAUCACUGGCCUUAAGAUCAUGUGGCCGACACAAGUUCUACAGGGAACGAACCGCUCUGUUCGGUGGUCUGACGGUAUUCCACCAUACGAGCUCGAUGUCAGCAGCCUCCAGCCAACGAAAAGGCUAUACACGUACAUUGGCAACAACCUUGUAUUGUACUGGGUCAUAGAUGUGCCACCGGGGACGCUCAUUCAGUACAAUGUCACGGAUUCUGGUGGAUCACACGUCGGCAGCACGGCGAUUACUGUCCAGUCCAACCCUGUCUUAUCUGCGGGCUCUUUGCUAUCUAUAGCCUCAACACUGUCCUUGGUUUCUGUGUCUUCAGUCAGCGUAAUUUCUGCUAGCUCUGCUAGUCCCCAGACCUCCAGCAACUCUGAUCCAGCAUCCACACUAUCCCUAUUCAGAACCUCUAACCCUUCGUCUCCGACACAAACACUCCCACUUUCUAAAACUCUCAGCCCCUCAUCUCCGACACGAGCACCUUCGGGCGGGGGCAACAUCACUGGGACAAUAGCCGGAGGCGCUGUUGGGGGUGCUGCCGGCCUGUUGCUCAUUGGCCUCGUGGCUUUUUUCUUGUUGAGACGACGAAAGAGUGAUUCCAGGGAGAGGCGCAGUGCGUUUGAAGCGCCAAACACAGGUUAUCCUGGUGCCCACGCCACCCAAAACAUUCUGGUCCCUCAGGCUGUUCCCUCGCUGUACCCGAGUGAUGCUCCAGAGCCUCCAGGAGCUUCUAUCUUCCAACGGACAGUGACUGGUAGUAUGAUGACGGCCAACGAGGGCGAAGAAUAUCAGAGACACAUUGCGGUGGAUAGAGGUGGAUACGUUCGGGUCAACAAUGCGAGAGGAUAUCCAUCGAAACCAGGAUUGGGCUGAAGCAUACAAUUUUCCAACCCCUUUGCUUGCCAUCAUAGACCUUCUCACUCAGUCUCGGUCCCGUCUCUGCAUCGCCAGCGUCUGGAGAAUGCUCGAUGCCACCCAGGCGGCCGUUUCUCGUGGUCAUUUCUCAUGGUCGGCUAUUCCUCAGGACAUCGCUUGUUACUUAGAUCCAAUCUUUAUUACGACUUACACGCCCACUUAGAUGUAAAUGUGAUCCGUAAAAU